AUGUCCCCGGGCCCGAAGCCCCGCGGCGGGCGGCCCCCCCCGCGCGCGGCCGAGGUGGGGCGCCUCGUGUCCCCGCCCCGCGCUACCGCGCUCCCCCGCGCCCGCCGGGGACAUGGUACGUUCCAGUGGCCCCGCGCUCAGCCCCGCCGGGGGGGCUUCGGCGGCGGUGGGGAGGACGCGGCGGCGGCGGACGAGGGGCCAGGGCUCGGGCCGGCGAGCCGGGGCCGAGGGCGUAGCAGCGAGCCGAGAGCCGCACCCCCGCCGUCCCGGGCCACGGCCACGGCCACGGUCACGGCCACGGCCACAGCCGGCAGCAGCAGCGGCGGCGGCGGCGGCCUCGCCCCUCGCUGGCACCCGGCGGGCCCCCCGCGGGCUGGCAUGACUCUGUUCGGCAGCGAAGAAGCGUGUCGGAGAUAUUUAGACAUGGCCAGAGACCCCAAGGGGAGCCGGGCCCGGCCUGGCCAGAAGCGACAGCACAGCGCUACCCUCUACCACAGUAACUGUGACCUGAACUAUGAGCUGUAUCGGGAAGACUUCCCCUACAGGGUGUACGAGUAUCAGAGGAUCCCUCCACUCAUCAACCGUGCGCCGGUCAAGAGCAGACGCACCCACAUGGGUUCAGGGGGCAAGAGUGGCCUCAAUCCCCACAUCCCUCCGCGAAGCAACAACCCGCCCCCCGUCCGGACAAAGUUAAGAGCUGAGGAGCUGCACUCCAUCAAGGGGGAGCUGAGCCAGAUCAAAGCGCAGGUGGACAGUCUGCUCGAGAGCCUGGAGCGCAUGGACCAGCGGCGAGACCGGCUGGGAGGGGCCCAAGACAGCGAGAAGAAGACGGCCUCGGCCAGCGGGGAAUGCUCCAGCGCAGUCGCGGAGACCCAGCGAGAGCCCCGAGGCAAAGAGAGCCCUGAGCCCAGGGCCCGCGGCCGCAGGGAUGCCGACAGUGCCGAGGAGAGCACAGACACGGAGGAGGCCGCCAGGAUGAAAAAUCACACAUCAGACCCUGAUGGGAGCCAGUAGAAGCUCGGGGGCCCUUUCCGUGGCCUCCCCAGGUUGGAUCCUUUCCUUUUCCUGUGUUUGUAUUUCUUUGCGGCCCCCCAGCCAGUGCCACGUGUAACCUGCCCUCCAGUCUCCCUGCAGUUACAGUAGAACUGGUGUUCUCCAGCCAACUUUGUCUGCUCCUUGACCACGGGAGCUGCUGGGUGUCCCUUGUCCUCUACAGAACCUGGGCCGAAGUCCCUGAGACCCAAGCCUAAAAGUAUGGCUCUGGGGAGGCAUGAAAAUCCAGCAGGUCUAGCAUUCCCCUUUGAAAAUCACCCCUCCUUUCCUCUGUGCUGUUUUCCCCACCUCAUGAAAAAGGGGUCCCCUUGGUAAUAAGACUUGGCACAUCAGGGGCAUCUGGGGGAAGAGUCCGGGCAAACGCCUCACUUUCUUUACAAAGAUGCUCAGUGAUAAUUUUCAGUUCCCCACCUUUCCUGGGUACCCAUUCAGCAUCUCUUCUUGGGGAAACAUUCCCGGGGUAGAACUGGCACCAUCCCAGCCCCAUGACCUCUCUGGCACAGUCAGCUUGUAAUAGUAUUGGCUCUUUUCCUGGGUCCUCCUGGGCUGCUCCCUAUGUCAGCCAUUUAACACAGAAAGCCCAUGUUCCUUCUGGGGCUCCCUAAAGCUGUCCUCCACUGCAGCUGGUGUGCGGGAGAUGUUGGCCAUCUACCCCCUGGUCCCAGCAGCCUGAGGAGUUGGCUUUGGUAUCAUUCUGUGCCGCCUCUAGUCCCUGAGAAUGCCAGCCAAGUCAAGCAGUGGACAGUGCCACCUCAGCUCCCCGUGGCUCCCCAGGGUGUCUCCUGUUUUGCACUACUAGCCUUCACGUGACCCCUUUCUCUCCCCGUCCCUACAGAGUUCCGUCCCCAGUGGUGCAUGGGAAAUGUAGUUCUGUUGCUGACAGGUGCGUUUCUGCCCCACAGAAGAUCCAGUCAGGCUCUCGGUCAGUGUCGCCCUGCUUAACCCUGUUAUCUCUGCUUUCCCACCUUCCCCCCAGGCUGUCCUUUCACGACAGGUGUAGUUCAUUCUCACGUUCAGUUUCUAGCUUGUCUCUUUGCUGGUCCGAUACUGUGUCUGUAUUUCAAAUCUGCUCUGGAGAAGUGUAUUGUGUUGAAAGGAAAAAUUAAAAGUUUGUAUUUCUUUUCUCUG